GAUGGUAAGGACUGGCUCUGGCUCUAUAAGGUAGAGAGGUGGGAGCAGAUCAGACAGAAACAGAGACCUACACACCAGCAGCCACACUCUCAUUAGGACCACCUCAGUGGCACCAUGAAACUAACUAUCCUGGUCUGCACAUUGGUGCUGCUCUCUCUGUCUGUGAUCUCAGUGACGGGACAAGGAUGGAAACUGACCCCACCCAGAGAGGCUAUAUGCUCAGUGAGGUUUAAACUUGGAAUAUGUGACAGAAUUCUCGAACCUGUGUGUGGCGACGACGGCAAAACUUAUGACACUGAGUGUUUACUCUGUUAUGACAACAAGAGAUACAAGAAGAAUGUUGGGAUUGUUCAACAGGGCGAAUGUCCAGGAAUCACUAAACAGCUCAUGAGGAAGUCGUUUUAAACGUUCCACAAUGCUCAAAGCACAUUCUCCUGCAUUGAGGGAAUGUACAGCUGACCACUGCUUUAUAUGUAAUCUGUAGACCGCUGAUUUAUGUGUAAUCUGCAUACCGCUAAUCUGCACGCUGCAGUAAUUAGUGUAUUAAAGUAUUUCAGCAUUCAA